AUGCACUCUCACGGAGAGGGGCGAGGUGGGGGCCGUGCAGAUGGCGCUUUGGAAGCGGCAGGUGAGGCGGGUGGGACAGGUGGGGCAGAUGAGGCAGAGGGUCGCAGGCAGGCAGAGGUGGAGGAGGCAGCACAUGGAGCACAGAGCGUCACAGAGCGUGGUGCCCGCAUGGGGACUGCUGCUGUUGCUGGUGCAGUGGCAGGGAGGGUAGCUGUGGGAAGGAGGUCGUUUGCUAGAGCAGGGAGUGCAGCAGCAGGUGCAGCAGGGGGGGAAUCAGCAGAGACAGCAGGAGUGGCAGGUGCAGGUUUGGGAGGAGUGGCAACAGCAUCUGGUUCGGGUAGAAGAGGGAGGUACAGCUCAGGUGCAGCAGGAGUGCCUGUGUCAGCAGCAGCAGCAGUGAUUGCCCGGAGGCGGGGGCUAAGAGGAAUAGGGGGGAUGGGGCAGAGGCAGGGAGCUGCCGUGUGGGGCAGCAGGGGAAGGAGGUUGGUGAGUGGUGUGGCUGUGGGAGUGGGGCGAGGUGGGAGGGGUGUUAGAGGCAGAGGUAGAGUGGGGCACGGUGCUGCUUUGGGUGUGGAGAAAGAGGCAGAGGGAAUGGGUGGCAGGGGAGCAGAAAGGGAAGGGCUGGCAGGGAGUGAAGGGGGUGAUGAGAGGAGAGAGGGGCAGUGGGGAGUGAGUGCGGGAGGAGAGGGUUCGGACGACGAGUCCGCAGGCUCGGAAGACGUUGGGGAUCUGAGCCUGGGCUCUCCAGGUGGCUCAGGGGAACUGCCUCGGGUUCUGUCCCUGGGGGGACUGGGGGGGCUAGAGGGGGUGGAGGGGAUGGGGUUUGAGGGGUUUGAUGGGGCGUUUGAUCUGGAGGACAUGGCUGAGCUGGAUGAUGCUGCUGGGCUGGGCUUCGACUCAUAA